AUGAUGGUUUCUCAUGGCUUGUAUGGGACCCUGUGGAUGUUGUCAUGUUUUGGUCUGUUUCUAAGUGAAGACCUGCAGUUUUCUGGUCCGGCUAAUGGAGCAGUAGGAGGAAGUGUGGUGUUCGCUCCUAAUAACCCGCCCUCCACAUCAGUUAAUGAAACUCAGUGGUAUUUUGGAACAACUCUUAUAUUGAUAGCACAGUCUGAUUCAACUGUAAUAGCCUCAGAAUACAGAGGCAGAGUCAGUUUUGACAGAAACACUCUCGCUCUGGAGCUUUGGAACCAGAGACUGGAUGAUUCUGGAAUAUACAGACUGACUGUAGAAACUAUUACUGGAGACAAACUUACAGGAGAAACUUCACUACAAGUGUUCGAAAUAAUUACUAAUGUCAGGUUUAUUGGUCCAGAAGAACCAUUAAUAGAGGGAGAAUCAUCUGCUAACAUCAUAGGAGGAAGAGGAGGAGGAGGGCUGUCAUCAGGGGCGAUAGCUGGGAUUGUCAUUGGGGUUUUAGUGGCAGUUGCAGGCAUUUGUGGUCUGAUUUUCUAUUUAACAAAAACUAAGAAAAUCUCAAAAAUAAACCUUCGACAAAAUGGACCGGCAAGAGGAGCAGCACAAAGCAGACAGGAGCCUGACUUGAACUAUGCAGACAUUAGCCAUUUCCAGAAGGCUAGUGGAGAGAGAGUGAAUCUGGGGAAUAAGAGUGAAUUUAGUACAGAGUAUGCAGAAGUAAAACAUGGAGGGAAGUCAAGGGCUCCUCCGCCUCCCUAUGGAAGUCAGGAAGUCAUUUGGUUGGUUUCAUUUAUUACAUGCUUCUGUAACUUCUCCAGUCACGUAUCAAACCCUCCUCCUGUGCGCAGAGACUUACAACUUCUUCUGUCACCUCAAGAGGGUGGUGGUCAUGCCUAG